AUGUACAGAAGAUUGUUAAUAAAUAUACAUCAGGUUCGAAAUGGAUUAAUUCAUGCACAGAAGACACGAACACCCUCCGUAAAAUGUAAAGAAAAUGAGGGUUUUGCUCACACGUUUUGGACCACAGGUUCAACAAGCCACAGGCCAUUAGGAACCAGUAGCAUCUGUUUUAGUGACAAUAAAGAGAGCUCCACAUCCCUGUCAGAUGACAAAGAAAAGAGACGAGAAGAGAAUGAGGCUAAAGCUGAAGUUGGCACUGAUGGCCAGAGGAACACAGAAAUUAAAAAGGGCCCGGAUAUAUCAAAUACAGCUUUGACAUCAGAACUAGAGACUGAAGUAGAGUUGAAACCUAAGGAAAUCAAGAAACCUGAAAAAGAGAAAACUGGGAAGGAGAGUCUUCUGGAGCUGCUUGGGGCAAUGAAGGUGGAUGUCACUACUGUGCGUAAAGUGAGACCCCCAAGGUUUCCUCGAAUCAGUGAAAAACCCAGCACAGACCAAAUGGAAAGCACACAGAGCAUGUUUCAGGAUGCCAUGGCUGAGGGUUCGAAACAGCGCGAGACCUUGAAUCCAGCGCUGGUUGCUGCAGCUUCUGCAGCUGCGUCCACGUUGCCAAACAGCCAACAGGUGGAGUCAGAGCUCCUCCAGCAGCUGAGGAAACAUGAAGCAGAACCGGACGCUCAGAGAGCCGACAGACAGAACAUAGGAGACAUAAUUGCUGAUAUGAAAGUUGGGAAAAGGCAGAUGGGCAGAUCAAACAGCAGGCCCAGCAAUCAGAUCCGCUUUGAUGAUGACGGACAGGGCUAUACAGAAGACAGAAGCAUUACCAGUGAACUGAUGAAUGGAAUUCACAGAAGGAAGAACUCCUUCACUGGCAAGAGGUUAAACAUCUUCUCUCCAGGUAUGGAGCAAGAAUCGUCAGAAAUGGGCCCGACCCUUUGGGAUAUUGAUUUAGCGAAUCAAAUUGUUCAGUCGACAAAUCAGAUGCCUCGUAAUGGCUUUGAGGAGAUGAUGCAGUGGACCAAAGAGGGCAAACUCUGGCAAUACCCAAUCAACAAUGAGGCUGGUCUGGAUGAGGAGGCGAGCGUACCCUUCCAUGAGCACGUGUUCCUGGAGAAGCACCUGGAAUCGUUUCCCCGGCAGGGUCCAGUCAGGCACUUCAUGGAGCUUGUAAUCACAGGCCUCUCAAAGAAUCAUCACCUCACAGUUCAACAGAAACAGGAGCAUAUCGCCUGGUUUAGAGACUACUUCCAGCAGAAAGAUGAUGUAAUGAAAGAGGCUCAAGCGUAA